AUGGAGAGCCAAAACCAGCAGGUAUCAAUAUCACAGCAUCAACAACCAUCAACCACCAAAGGCACCACCUUCUUAAGAACUUGCUUCAAUGCUGUCAAUACUUUAUCGGGUGUGGGGAUACUGUCGGUCCCAUAUGCGCUUUCGAAAGGUGGUUGGUUAUGCCUACUAUUACUGUUAUCGAUCGCUCUGUUAUGUUUUUACACAGGUAUCCUUCUUCGUAGAUGCAUGGAUUCGGAUGCAAGAAUCAAGUCCUACCCGGAUAUUGGCCAACUGGCAUUUGGUAGAAAAGGCAGAGUAAUCAUCAUGAUGUUUAUGUACCUUGAGCUUUUCUUGGCCGCAGUUGAGUUUCUAAUCAUGGAAGGUAAUCUUUUAUCCAAGUUGUUUCCAAAGGAAGACAUUCACAUUUUUGGAAAGAAAAUUGGAGGCCAAAAAGGAUUUGUUUUGCUCACUGCUCUUAUGGUAUUUCCUACAACUUUGUUAAGAAAUUUGGGAGUUUUGGCAUAUGUUUCUGCUUUCGGGGUUGUUUCAUCUGUGGUUCUUGUGUUGGCUGUAUUCUGGGGUGGUGCUUUUGAUGGAAUUGGAUUCCAUGAAACAGGGCAACUCUGGAAUUGGAGUGGGUUGCCAACUUCUAUUAGUAUGUUUGCUUUUUGUUAUUGUGGUCAUACUGUUUUUCCAACUCUCUACAAUUCCAUGAAAAGGAAGUCCCAAUUCCCUUAUGUUCUAAUUGUUUGCUUUACUUUGAGCACAAUUAGCUAUGGAACGAUGGCGAUAAUUGGUUAUAUGAUGUUUGGGGAACACUUGACAUCACAAGUGACACUAAAUCUUCCAACAGAAAAGAUUACCUCACAAAUAGCAAUCUACACAACAUUGGUCAAUCCAAUAGCCAAAUAUGCAAUAAUCAUUGCGCCGAUUGUAACAUCUGUAGAAGAAACAUUAGCUUUUCUUGAAAGCAAGGUAACGAGUUGGGUCAUUCGAAUAUGUCUGGUGAUUGCCACUGUCGUCGUGGCAUUGGUGGUACCAUACUUUGGGUAUGUGAUGGCGUUUAUUGGUGCAUUCUUGGGUAUUUCUCUGUCGAUAUUGAUUCCAUGUUUGUGUUAUUGGAAGAUUUUAAUAGGAUUCAAGAGGUUUAGCCCUGAGUUGAUGAUGAUUCUGGUGAUCAUGUUGAUUGGAACUGUUGUUGCAAUUUUAGGUACUUACUCUGCUGUAGCAAACAUCAUAAUUAACGAGGUUCAUCAUAAUUAA